AUGAGUCGGCAUAUUUUUAAAGUAAUUUUUGUAAUAUUCUUCACGAUCAUCUGCCAAAAUGGGGAGGCGGCGGAGAAUGAUAAUACACCAACUAUACCGGAAUAUUUGCUGCCAUGUAGUCGGAGCGACCCAGAAUUGGACAACUGCAUAAAGGGAUCUUUCAACCACUUACGGCCGUACUUAGCUAGAGGUCUUGAUGAUCUGGACGUGCCUCCUGUUGAGCCACUGUUCAUAGAUCGGCUGGCGAUGGAAAAUGACGCAGGCCCGGUCCGAGUGAGAGCUACAUUCAGUAAUAUCACCGUGGUAGGACCAAGUAAUUAUACUGUGACGAAAAUUAGGUCAGAUUUGAAGAAAUUACGAAUUGACAUGGGGCUGAUGCUACCUCGCAUUGAAGUCACCGGUCACUACGAAGUAUCCGGACAAGUGUUGUUGUUCCCUGUACGCUCACAGGGAGACUUCUGGGCUUCCUUUAAUGACGUUGUCGCUAUCGUCAAGAUAUUCGGCAAAGAAAUUGUACGGGAAGCCGUCAAAUAUAUGUCAGCUGAUCGUAUGCAAGUUGACUUUAAGCUUAAAAGCGCUCGUUUUAAGGUCAGAGAUACAGUAAACCAUGGAAGCGUUAUUGGUGAAGCAAUGAACCAGUUCCUAAACAACAACGCAGCUGAGAUUAUUGACGAGAUGAGACCAGCCGCUUCCGCUGCCAUCGCAAAGCAUUUCAAAACUUUCCUCAAUGCAGCAUUUGAGAGGAUCCCCAUUGAUGUGUGGCUCACGCCU